ACUGACUACAUAGUUUUACUCGAAGGAUACCUAUACCUAAUAGGUUAAUGAUAACCACUCCACACCACCUACAGCUACAAGAAUACCUACUCGAGUACAUUUGCUCUUCAUUCUUCAUCCUUUCAUAUUCGCACUCCAUAGGUUAUUAAUAUCGGAAAGAACUCUCGCCGAUGUUCCAAUAUCUCAUACAUCUUAUCUCUUCUUCAACACAGCUAUAUUCGAUUCAAUGGAUCCCAUGAGUCAUAGCGCGAUGGCGGCGUGUACGAAAUGCUAAUGCUGACGCUGAUUGUACGUCGUAAGGAUGGAUUAUCUUCACCAUUUAUUUGAGUACACACCAGGAUAGGCAAAUUUUAAAUAUCCUUCCAUAGCACAAUACUCAAUAAUCGGGUAUUUUAUAUAUGCAAGUAAGUCUAAAAAAAUUUAUCUUUAAUCUCAACUCAACCAGCAAUUAAGUUACUCGAUUUCUCUCUCAAUUUAUUCCCAAAAUUUCUUGUCCGGAUUGCUUUCGAGGAGGAGUCACCACCACGGCUCCAACUGGUACAGAAACUACCAUUCACGGUCUUCCAACUUAUGUUGCACACCCAGCGAAUGCAGUUAUACCCAAGGGUAUCGUUGUCAUUAUGACCGGUGCUUUUGGUUGGGAUUUUGUGAACAGUAGAGUCUUGGCAGAUCGUUAUGCCAAAGGAGGAGAUUUCUUGGUUUACUGUCCCGAUUUCAUGAAGGGUUCGUUUGCUCCCAACUUCACAUGCCUCACGAAGACAGUUUUGACCUUUCCAUAGGUAAUACGAUGGAUCCUUGCGCCAUAUCCGUGUUUGAUAAGAUUAUGGAGCCCGCUUCUUAGUUUACGACUAUUUUCUGCAAACCUAGCUAUGUUUUUCAAGCAAUGGCUAUCGGAAUUCCUUGGAAAAUGAAGACCAAAAUUCCAAUCACUCAUCCUAAAGUCCUCUCAUUUUUCCAAGCCCUUCGAUCAUCCAAACCUCCUUUUCCAACCAAUAAUCUUAAAAUUGAUGUUGCAGAAUUCUGUUGGGGAGGAAAC